CACCCAUUCUUCAGGCGCUACUAAUUUAUAGUUUCAUCUGAUUUGUGGUCUAAAAGACGUGAUCCGAAGAGAUCCCAAUUGGAAGAUGAGUCAAACGAAUGUGAUCAUAACCAGCGGUUCCAGGAACCAGAUAAUACACGUUCCGGUGGUGACGUCGACCACCCGAUCGGCCACUCCUAUAGAGAUUGUCACGUCAUCGUCGGCAACGGUUACCAUCAACCGAACCAAUCAGUCCUUUACUGUUAAUCACAAUAAUAAUGGCAAUAAUGUUAGCAAUAAUGCGACCAUUUAUUCGCCGGCAAAGUCUCUGAACCGAUCGUUUCAAUCGCCGCCGCCUUCGGCGCCGAAAAAUGUGAUCAAUAAUAGAGAGCAGUUUAGCGGAAACGAUGACAAUUGCGAAGUGAAAGCCUUGUAUUUCAAUAAAGAGACGAAUCACACGCGGGAACAGCUCUUACUUCCCACCGAUACGUACAUUAAACAGGAAGAGUUGGACGACGAGGAGGAAUACGAAGAGUAUGAAGAGGACGAGGAGGAGGGUCUGGAGGGUAUCGCCAACUCGAAGACCCAAUACCAGUGCUCGGGUUGUGGUAAAGGGUUUUGUUACACGGGUUGGCUCGACCGACACAAGCUGUCGAGUCCCGCCUGUCGUGACGCUCAUCCCAUUCACGAGACAUUCAACGCCGUCCACAGCGAACCGACAAACUAUUCGCAAACACUCGGAAACAUUUCAGGCGGUAAUGGAGGCGAUCGGUCGCGACCCAGCCUUGAGGGUCGACUCCGGGAACUGCUUUGCUGUCCGAACGAGAACUGCAAUUUUGUCACCCAUUGGGUUCAGUCGCUCAAUAAGCACGUGUUCGGCGCGUGUAAGUACGGCAAGAGUACUGGCAAUGGGAACGACAAUGUGGUCCAGUCGUCGCCCACCGCCAAAAAGGGUGUCCAAAACUGUCACAUUUGCGGCAAACAGUUUGUUGAGGCGGAAGCGCACAUUCAACACAUGAAAAGCGUUCACCAAAUUAAGCUCUUCUAUCAGUGCUCCGAAUGUAAGAUCAAUUUCGACAACAAACACGAAUCGGAGGCUCAUAUCGAAGAACACAGCCGUUUGGGCAAAUUCUCGGCCAAAGAGAAGUUGGUCUCCACUCCUAUUAAAUCGGACACCAAUGGCGUGGGAAACGGUUCCCAACAGUACUGGAAGUGCGAGUUGUGUCACAAGAGUUAUCUAUCGGUUCGCGCGUAUGAAAUACACCGGACGUCAUGUGAGAAAGAGAUGCAAUCGUCGACCAAAGGGAACGGCACUCCGUCUCCGCAAAGGUCUCCCCAACGACAUCAACCGCAACCACUCAGACCACUAGCGAUGGCGCGGCCGACGGCCGGUCGUCCCGUGGGAUCGGGUGUGAGAAACGCAUUGAAUGAGAAUACUGUAAAGCAUUUCAAACGGGAACAGAUAGAAGCGAUUCACGGCAAUGACUUUCGCUGUCGAUAUUGUCGCAAAGCAUUUGACAAUUCCUACGGAUUGUGUAACCAUUUAAGUCGACGUCCAUUUUGUCGCGAAUGGUAUUAUAAGGCUAUUCCUCAAGAGCUCAAGAAGAAUAAUUCGCUUCAUCUCAUGAAGAAUACGAAGAGAUCGCGUAUUCGUAAUAUUAUACACAGACAGUCAUCGGCCGCACGACAGCCGAGUCCAGGCAAACAGACGCCAAUCCAGAGCGGAGACGACAUCGUAUAUAGUCGUCAACAGCGGAAGGGGUCCCUUACGGGCCGAUCACGCAAUGCAUUGCCGCCGUGGACUAACUCCGCGCGCUGUGACCGCUGUCGCAAAGUAUUUGUCGGAAAGAACCCAACGGUUGCGCUGACCAAUCAUUUGCGCGGAUCGACGUGUUUGCCCACUAAAUACAAUCCGUUUCAAAAGCCACAAGUGAUCCGUUCGCGGACUCUGGCCGGUAGGAAACCAGCGGUUCCGCGCAACACAUAUACCACGAACGCCACCGCAAACGAUGGUCAGAACCGAACGGUCGCCGAAAAUCGGUUUUACUGUAAACUUUGUCCGCGAAUUGAGCUCAAGAAUCGAGUAUCUCUUGGCUGUCAUCUGACUAUAUAUCACGGUUUACCACAAGUGAACGUCUCGACCGGAAAGGGCGAUGGCUUUCGCUGUCAAAACUGUUCCCAAAUAUUUGAGUCAAAAUAUUUCUAUAACCUUCACCGACAGGACUGCGACCUGACGUCUGCUUACGUCGGAAUGGUUUCGAGUAAUGAGAGCUUUGCCGCAAACAAACAGUCGUCGCUCUCGAAGGACGGGUCGACCAUCACAUGCGAUCUCUGCGGAAAGACUGGCAUUACUAACGCCAGUCAAUUGAAUAUCCAUCAAAAGUAUCAAUGCGUGCGUCGACUCACAAGCAAUAGAGUGACGGCUAAUGUGAAGAAAUUUACGCCAACCGCCACUACUAAAGACAGUCAGAAGCCUGUGAUGCGGUCGUCAGAGUUGGCCAGACUUAACGAUAGGGCCAAGAAUGAGCCCAACCUAACCAUGUGUGAGGCCUGCGGAAGGGGUCCCUAUAAUAGCUACUAUUACUUCAUGGAACACAAGAAAAAGUAUUGCAGCGCUCUGUCCAACGAGACUACGGGCAGACAAUCGGGGCCUCAAAACAAGGCUAAGAAGUCGUUUGUGGCCGAGGAUAGAGCGCCGCCGGCAGAGGGCGAGUCGUUUUGCCUGAACCCAACGGUUCCGCGCGCCCGCAAGACCAUGAACUACACUAACGUGAGCUCUCCCGCACAAAUGAGUCAGAGCUCCAGUGCCGCCGCCGUCGCCAUCGGAAUGGAUACUAACGGGAAUGAAUCGGAAGAAGUGGUGAUCAGUGUAUCCGAAGUGACCAAAUGCACGAUCUGUGCCGAAGAGUUUGACGACGUUCUGCAGUUCAUUCGCCAUCGUCUCAGUCAUAUCACCCAAGAGUUGAUCCAAAACGAGUCGAUCGACGCGUUGGACUGCGAACUGUGCGGCGCUCGCGUCCAUCACUACCAACGCAUUCAACAGCAUCUCAUUCUUCACUUACAAAACGUUCAAAUCCUUAAAAAGAAAAAUCUGAUUGAAGUGACGAAGAAGUCGCUGGAAAUGCGCGACUCGGAGGCCAUCGAUCAGAGCGACGACGAAGACAUCGAUGGGGGCGACGACUCUCUACUGCACUGUCCGUACUGUAAAUCGGAGCAGAAAUCGCGCGCCGAAUUGGCCAAUCAUAUCAAGACGACGUGUCCGUAUCGGUACCAGUGCUCCAACUGUAACAAGACAUACAUGACUAAGGAGUCGUACGUCGAGCACAGAGACGAGUGCACCAAAAACACUGCCAUCAAUCGUAUUGCGUCCAAAGCACCCAAAUUUAAAUGUAGAAACUGUGGCCUUGAGUUCAGAAUUAAACAACAGCUCCUAUGGCACGAACACGCGUGCAAUAAGGUCUACACCGCCGACCACUCCGGACGCGUUGAGGAAGUCAUUGAGAGAACCCUUUCGUGCAGUGUUUGCGGUUUAGUGAGUGAUGUAUACGAAAGUAAAGUUAGACAUGAGUCCAAAUGUCUCAAUAGAUAUUUGGCUGUCAUUGGGAACAGCACUGAAGAAAUCAAAUCAAACGGCGAGCAAAUUAUCAAACCAUUGAGUAUAUUAGACAACAUCGAUCUGACGAGUCUAUCGGACUCUUCGGAGUCGUCCGAAGUGCCCGAAGCCCUGAUCCAGAACCUGAAGGAAGAGUUUGGUAUACGAAAGGACGUGAAAGUAGUAUUGAAUGCUUUUGAUGAGGAGAUUGUGCGGCGGCUGAAGACCGACCUGUACUGCGAACGCGACGAAUCCAUUCAAUACGAAACACUGAAAGAAUCGUUCCUAACAUUAGUCCGACGGCUCAUCAAAAACGAUGAGGUGUUGCGUGAGAUGUCUCAGGAGCCCAACGCAGAGAUUGUGUUGAGCCGUAUGUUGAAGUAUUUGGGCGAACAAGUGAUCGAUCACAACGGUCUCAAUGAGUUGAACUGUUUUCGCCAGAAUCUGCAGACAUUCCUCAAACUGACCAUUAAAGACGACACUUUGAUUCUGGCCUAUAGGGACGCCGAGUCCGUCGACGAGGCCAUCAUCAAUAUGCUUAACUUCGAGUGCGAACUCCAUUGCUGACCACCGCAUCCGCUCAACACACCAUUACUUGACACAGUCAUCACUUUUAGUACCACUACUACGGACUGGCCAUCCCUUUCUCUGUCUCUCUCCACAAUCAUUUAGUAUUUCAGUGAUCAUAACCACAUCUUCACCACCACUACUACCACCACAACAACUACUACUAAAUCUGCGGUUAUAUUUACAACAAAUGAAAUGAUUUAUUGAAUCUUAGAUUUUAUUUCUAAUUUAAUUGUCGCGCAAAACAACGGAAAGGGAAGC